AUGAAAUCUAUUCAAGAAUCCAUGGCCGAACUUCAACAGUACUUCACUGGAAAAAUGGAUGAAUAUCAAAGUGAGCUUCAGGCUGCAUCCCCGUCCCCAAACAUCAACAAUCUGAAGAGUGAUUUCGCUGCAUUUCGGUCCUUUAUCAUGACAGUACUACAAGGAUUACAGCAACAAGUGGGUCUCCUUGCGCAUCAGGUAGACAAUAUUGAAAUGCGGACCCGGCGAAAAAUGCUCUUGUGUCAUGGCUUGCCUGAGGUGAAGGAUGAGGACGCUGCAGCUGUGAUAACCAAUGCUAUUGUUGAUCGGUUAAAAAUUACCGAGUUCACCGUCGACAGUAUAAGCAAGUGUCAUCGUAUGGGGCGUGCUUCUGGGAAUGGUAAGCCUAGACCCAUUCUUUUGAAAGUACACGACAUCAGAUUGCGGGAUAAGAUCUGGUUCGCUAAGACGGCGCUCAAAAAGUCGGGGAUUACUAUAUCUGAGUUCCUUACGAAGGCGAGGCACGACGUUUUUAUGGCAGCCCGUGACGCAUUUGGUGUUCAUAAAUGCUUUACGCAGCAAGGGCUUGUCAUGGUAAUUGGUACCGACGGGAAGCGCACGCGCAUCAGUUCCAUGGAGGAGUUGAAGAAGCUUACUGUAACAGUGGAAUUAACACCGGAAACUGCUAAGGAAGCCACGGUUCCCCUCCCGUUGAAACCUGUGAUCACGACGAAAAGUAGGCGUGCUGGUGUCGCGAGCAAGAAGUGA